AACAUCAUAGUGUUAACUUCCUUGGAAGAACCUUACUAUUAAUUUCUACAAUUUUUCUUAUCAUAUUGUUGUUGUCACCACUCUAUGGCCUCCUUAAUGCUUAGUGGUACUGAAAAUACAAAGCUGAUUAAUAGCAUAGUUCCAGCAUCUGGAUUAGGUUCUGUGAAUCUUAACUUCCACAAAAAGUGCUUCUUCAAAAAAAAUGCAGUUUCAUAUGAUAACAAACACAGGACUACAAACUUGACUCUGCGAUGCAGCAGCGUUUCAUCGGCAAGGCCUUCUUCUCAGCCUAGAUUCAUCCAACACAAAAAAGAAGCAUUUUGGUUUUACAGGUUUUUGUCUAUUGUAUAUGAUCAUAUAAUAAAUCCAGGUCAUUGGACUGAAGACAUGAGAGAUGAGGCACUUGAGCCUGCUGAUCUUCACGACCGGAGAAUGCGAGUUGUGGAUGUUGGAGGAGGAACAGGUUUCACUACUCUUGGUAUAGUGAAACAUGUUGAUGCUAAAAAUGUUACAAUUCUUGAUCAGUCUCCUCAUCAAUUGGCCAAGGCUAAGCAGAAGGAAGCGUUGAAAGAAUGUAAGAUAGUUGAAGGCGAUGCAGAAGAACUUCUGUUUCCAACUGAUUAUGCCGACCGAUAUGUUUCUGCUGGAAGUAUUGAAUACUGGCCUGAUCCACAGCGAGGCAUUAAGGAAGCAUACAGAGUGCUAAAAAUUGGAGGCAAAGCAUGCAUUAUAGGACCUGUAUACCCAACUUUUUGGUUGUCUCAAUUCUUUGCAGACAUGUGGAUGCUCUUCCCUAAGGAGGAAGAGUAUAUUGAAUGGUUUAAAAAGGCUGGUUUCAAAGAUGUCAAGCUUAAAAGGAUAGGUCCAAAAUGGUAUCGUGGUGUACGGCGGCACGGCCUCAUCAUGGGCUGUUCUGUCACUGGUGUCAAGCCUUUAUCAGGUGACUCUCCCCUUGAGCUUGGUCCUAAGGUAGAGGAUGUAGAGAAGCCUGUAAAUCCAUUGGUGUUUCUCUCAAGACUCAUUAUUGGUGCAAUUGCAGCCACUUACUAUGUACUAGUUCCAAUUUACAUGUGGAUCAAGGAUCAAAUUGUUCCAAAGGGUGUGCCUAUUUAACCAAAGAUUGGAGAAUCAGGUGAAAUUGGGGUAGGAAAUGGUGGUCAAGUUUUGAUGGUUGAAAUUCUUAAGGCUUAAUUUCUUGAAAUAUUCUGGCAUAAUCAAGUUACUACAAUUGUAGGAUGGAUAUUUUACUUACAACUCAAGCAUCAAUUGUUUAUUUGAAAAUUAGGUAGGAGAUGUUCCUACAGCAGAUAAGCCAUGUUUAUUGUGUAAGAACCAGCUUAGUAUUCUUUGUGCUUAUGUAAUCCUUUGCUUGACAGUGAGAAAAAGAGAUGCUCAUUAUUCUUUCUUUAAAUAAAAAUUGUUAUUUUUCACCA